GUGUUUGCUGCCUGGUCCUGGUCGCGCUGAGCCUGUGGCCAGAUAGAGCUGUUGCCCCUGGACCACCUCCCGGCCCCCCUCGAGCUUCCCCGGACCCUCGUGCCGAGCUGGACAGCACCGUUCUCCUGACCCGUUCCCUGCUGGUGGACACGCGGCAGCUGACGACGCAGCUGAGGGACAAAUUCCCAGCCGAAGGGGACCACAACCUGGACUCCCUCCCCACCUUGGCCAUGAGCGCGGGGGCUCUGGGAGCCCUGCAGCUCCCGGGUGUGCUGACACGGCUGCGAGCUGACCUGCUCUCCUACCUGCGCCACGUGCAGUGGCUGCGCCGCACGGGUGGCCCGUCCCUGAAGACCCUGGAGCCUGAGCUGGGCACCCUGCAGUCCAGGCUGGACCGACUGCUGCGCCGGCUACAGCUCCUGAUGUCCCGCCUGGCCCUGCCCCAGGCGCCCCCAGACCCACCGGCGCCCCCGCUGGCGCCCCCUGCCUCCUCCUGGGGGGGUGUCCGGGCGGCCCAUGCCAUCCUUGGGGGCCUCAACCUGACACUCGACUGGGCCGUGCGGGGCUUGCUUCUGCUGAAGACGCGGCUGUGACCUGGACCUGAAGAAGCUGCCAUCGCCCUUCAAAGCCAGAUUUUAUUUAUUUAUUUAUU